AGAGAGUGAGAGGGAGAGAGAGAGCGGGAGAGAGAGCAUCGAAUGGAAGGAAAAAGAAAAAAGCAAAGGGAGAAACAGAGGGAAGAGGAAUACAGGCAGCUGAACGGAGGGGGGAGGGAGAAAAAAUGCUGCGCUCAAGACCCCCCUUCCUUUCACAGUCAAGGAGAACGCUCCUCCAAGCUGACUGGCGUCUCAGCCAGCCAAUCAGGAGCCUGCCUCCUCGCUGAGCCGGCCAAUCGGCGGCCAGCCCCCCUCGCUCGGCCAGCCAAUCGGCGGCCUGCCUCCUCGCUUUGUCAUCAGGCUCUGAUUGAGGAAGGAUUGGCUCUCCUGCUCUGUAUUUGGAAGGCAGAUAAAAUGCCUGGUGUGGACUGCCUCUGGGAAUAACCUCACUGCCUUAUAAUGUGAAUGAGCAGCGGCCAGGCUUGGGGGAAACGCAUCAGAUCUACUCUCAGGCCCGAGACAAGCAGAGCAGGCCUCUUUCUCUUUUUAUUUGGAGAGGUAUCUUUUUUUUUUGGUGGUGGUGGAAAGGGGGGGGGGUUGUUAUUCCCCCAUCCAUCCUUUUCUUUCUCGUGGUUUUUAUUCCUGUCCUGUUUUCUUUUUUUUUUUUUUUCCUUCAUUCGCGGAGUGGUGCUUUUCGGAAUAUCAGACCUCCAUGUACGACAAUUUGUACCUGCAUGGAUUCGAAGACUCGGAGGCGGGUUCAGCUGAUUCCUACACUAGCAGACCAUCUGACUCAGAUGUCUCCCUGGAGGAAGAGCGGGAGGGAGGCAGGCAGGAGCGAGAGCAGCAAGCGGCCGUACAGCUUGAGAGGGCUAAGGCCAAAGCUGUGGCCUUUGCGGUGAAGACCAACGUCUGCUACUGUGGCGCCCUGGACGAAGACGUCCCCGUAGCGGGAACCGCCAUCUCUUUCGAUGCCAAGGACUUUCUGCACAUCAAAGAGAAGUACAGUAAUGACUGGUGGAUCGGGCGCCUGGUGAAGGAGGGCUGUGAGAUCGGCUUCAUCCCCAGCCCUCUCAAGCUGGAGAACAUCCGCAUUCAGCAGGAGCAGAAAAGGGGGCGCUUCCACGGUAAGUCCAGCGGGAAUUCCUCCUCCAGUCUAGGAGAGAUGGUUUCAGGCACUUUCAGACCGAACCCUCCCUCUACAGGGAAACAGAAGCAGAAAGUGACUGAACACAUCCCUCCCUACGAUGUCGUCCCCUCCAUGAGGCCUGUGGUUUUGGUCGGACCCUCCCUGAAGGGAUACGAGGUGACAGACAUGAUGCAGAAAGCGCUCUUUGACUUCUUGAAGCACAGGUUUGACGGCAGGAUAUCUAUCACAAGGGUCACUGCUGACAUAUCUUUGGCCAAGAGGUCUGUACUGAACAACCCCAGCAAGAGAGCCAUCAUCGAAAGGUCCAACACCAGGUCCAGCUUAGCGGAGGUCCAGAGCGAGAUCGAGCGGAUCUUCGAGCUGGCCCGCUCCUUGCAGCUGGUGGUGCUGGACGCUGACACCAUUAACCACCCCGCCCAGCUCAUAAAGACGUCCUUAGCGCCCAUCAUCGUCCACGUCAAAGUGUCCUCUCCGAAGGUGCUGCAGCGGCUGAUCAAAUCGCGGGGGAAGUCCCAGAGCAAACACCUGAACGUGCAGCUGGUGGCGGCGGACAAACUGGCACAGUGUCCCCCGGAAAUGUUUGACAUCAUCCUGGACGAGAACCAGCUGGAGGACGCGUGUGAACACCUGGCGGAGUACCUGGAGGCGUACUGGCGUGCGACGCACACGUCCAACAGCACCCCCCUCAACCCCCUGCUGGGGAGGAACCUGGGCUCCACCGCGCUGUCCCCGUACCCCACCGCCAUCUCCGGACUGCAGGGCCAAAGAAUGAGACACAGCAACCACACGGCAGACCACUCCCCCAUCGAGCGGCGUAGCCUCAUGACGUCGGACGAGAACUACCACAACGAGCGGGCGCGCAAGAGCCGGCACCGGCUGUCCUCGGGGUCCCAGCACAGCCGCGACCACUACCCCCUGGUGGAGGAGGACUACCAGGACCCCUACCAGGACACGUACAAGCCCCACCGUAACCGAGGCUCCCCUGGGGGGUACAGCCAGGACUCCCGACACCGGCUCUGAGUCAGCGCCCCCCCCCCACCCCGCUCUCUCUCUGUCUCUCUCUCCUCUCUCUCCUCUACUCUCUCACACCCGGCAUGACCGAGCCGGGGCGGGGGCGGGUCUGUCCCGUAAAAAUCGUGUAACGCGUCUCUUUUCCCUCUGGCACUGGUUCCCCC